GUUGUCGGUAUUUAAACAGCACAUCCAGGCCUCAGCCGUAUCCUUUCACUUCAUCCAACUAAUCAAUCAACCAAUCCAUCACAAUGGCUCCCUUCGGCACCAUCUACAGCUACCCCAGCAACCCCCGGGUCAUCAAGACCCAAGCUGCCGCCAACAUCAAUGGCCUCGAGAUCGCCAACGGCGAGUUCACCAUGGGCCAAACCAACCUGACCCCGGAGUUCCGCGCCAAGUUCCCCUUCGGCAAAGUCCCCGCCUUCGAGUCCGCCGACGGUGUCAAGAUCGUCGAGUCGAACGCCAUCACGCAGUUCGUCGCCGAGAGCGGCCCCGCCGCCUCGCAGCUCCUGGGCUCCACCCCCGUCGAGCGCGCCCUGGUCCGCCAGUGGGUUGAGUUCGCCGACGGCGAGGUCCUGAGCCCCAUUCUGCAGCUGGGCCUGUGGCGUUUCCUUCCCAGCAAGUACAAGUACGACGAGGCCAACGAGACCAACUCCCUGAACCGCGUCGAGCGCUCCAUGGGCCACCUGGACCAGGAGCUUGCCGGCAAGACGUGGCUCGCUGGCACCGAGAAGCUGAGCUUGGCGGAUAUCUCCGUCGCCGCCGCUUUCAUCUGGGGCUUUGCGCUCUCCGUCGAUGCCGAGAUGCGUGCGAAGUACCCGAACGUGAUGGCUUGGUAUGAGCGCGUCACUGAGUCCGAGGGUGUUAAGCAGGCUUUUGGAGAGAAGAACUUCGUUGAGAAGCGCUCGGCUCCUCCGUCUUAGAGGAUAUGGCGUGGCAUGCGAGGGUAAUGAGAAAUGAGAAUUAAAGAUUUAAAGUAAUCAUCAAACGCAUAUCUGACCAUGAUUUUCGUCACUUUCAAAA